AAUCCCGUAAUUUCUAAAUUAUCGCAAGAUAAGCUAACCUAACGUAAUAUAAAUACCUGCGAACAAUGAUGUACUUGACAAGGGCAAAAGAAUUGAACAGGUAAACAACCAAGAUUAACAUUGACUUGUGUCAAUUAUAUAAAUGCGAGCCACUUAAACCAUUCACUUCAUUGCGUGUCCUCAAGCAAGUUAACGACAACCGUUUCACUUCUGCAUUAUUGUAAUAAAUUUUCAAUCGAAAUUUGAAUUAUGAAGGGAGCUCCGUCAGGAAAGAAAGGCAGAAAAGGUAUAGCCAAAGCUAUUUCUUUGAAUGAGUUCCUAGGCGAUACUGGGACUCCCGCUGGUACCGUUCAAGUCAUCAAGAAAAUUCCAAAUUUUAAUACGGAUAGCAGUGACAGUGAUUCAUCAUCCGUUUCCCAUCAAGUUUACCAACUUCCAACAGCGCCGCGAUCUCAACAAAUUUUCGAUGAUAGCUCUAUUCCCUACGAGCCGCCAUUUGUCGCGUACUUAAGUAAUUUGCCAUUCGACGUAAACGAGACUGACAUAAAUGAAUAUUUCAAAUUAUGUAAUGUGGUAAAUGUGCGCUUGAUUCGUGAGAAUGGCGGCACGGGGCGUUUCAGAGGUUUCGGUUAUAUCGACGUAAACGCAAGGGAUGAUCUAAUACAGGCUUUGAGUUUACCGAAUCCGAAUAUAAAAGGACGUCGCAUAGAAAUUAAGCUAUCGAACGGAAUUGAGCAACAAAAUGCCAGAAAACAAGCGGGAAAUUGGCGUAGUUUCGAUAAUGAAGCUCGGGAAUCUAGUAAUUGGAGGAGCGGUGGUAAGUCAACUGAUGACACCAACUGGAGAAACGGUAAUAAAAACACGGAAAAUGCAAAAUCUGUUGAGAACCAUAACGUUGCAGGCUCUUGGAGAUUUGGUAAUCGUUCUAGUAAUAAUUUCACACGUCAAAGGUCUCCCGCGGAGGAGCACGGAAACUUGCAAGAAAGACCAAAAUUAAACUUGAAACCACGUACAUUACCAGUGUCGGAGAUAGUAACUACAUCUGAACCGGAACUAAGCAAAUCGGAAAAUAUGAUGAAAUCGAAACUUUCUGAAAGCUCAGCGAACUCAAUAUUUGGAUCUGCAAAACCUAUUAAUACUUUAGCAAAAGAUUUGGAAAUUGAGAAACGUUUAGAGGAGAAAAUGAAAGAAAUCAAGCUAGAAAAGUUUGAUAAUAAAUCUACAAAAUCGAAUGAAAAUUGGCAUCGUCGAGAUGACAGACCCUUAAAGAGAAAUGUUGAUAAUGAUGAGAAUCAACUUGAAGAAGGCAGAGAACAUCAAGAUUACCACGAACCAGCUGAGGAUUGGGAACAAGAAGGAAAGAUAGUAAAUAAGAUGGAUACGAUCGAGAAUUCUCAUGAAAUUAGCAACUAAUCCGAACCGAUGGAGGUACAAGUACUUGAGAAUAUGGACCUAAGCAGACGAAUGGAUGCAAUUUUGCCAAAAAAG